AUGGAAAGUGAGAACAUCACCUCUGUCAAGGAAUUCAUCUUACUGGGGUUGGCCCGCCAGAGAAAAAUCCAGCUUCUCCUCUUUGUGGUCAUUCUCAUCAUCUACUUGCUGACUGUUUUGGGGAACCUGCUGAUCAUCACCUUGGUGCAGGUUGAUUUAAAACUCCACACACCCAUGUAUUAUUUUCUUUCACAUCUUGCAGGUGUGGAUAUCUGUUACGUUACCAGCACCAUGCCGUUGAUGUUAACUCAGCUGCUGGCUGGAGAUGGAGCCAUUUCUUUAGUAUUCUGCAUGAUCCAGAUGUACAUCGCCUUGGCCACAGCUGCUGUUGAGGUUUUCCUGCUGGGUGUCAUGGCCUAUGACCGCUACCUGGCCAUCUGUUGCCCCUUACUUUACACUGUUAUCAUGGGCAAGCGCCGUCAGUUGCAGUUCACUUCAGCAUGCUGGAUAGUAGCCCCUCUGCUCUGUUUGAUUUGCAUUGUCUGCCUUGUUUGCCAAAGCUACUGUGGCCCCAAUCAGAUCAAUCACUUCAUCUGUGAGGUCCCAGUGGUGCUGAAAGUUGCAUGUGGUGAUACAAAUAUUGCUCAGGCCAUUAUUUUUGGUAUAGGAGCAGUUGUCCUUUUGCUUCCCCUUUCUGUUAUGUUGAUCUCCUAUGGGUUUAUUCUUUAUUCUGUAUCACAAAUGAGAUCAAGCAUUGGGCGGCGCAAGGCUUUCUCUACCUGUGGCUCCCAUCUCCUGGUGGUCUCCUUGUUUUAUGGCCCUGCCAUCUUGGAGUACAUGGUUCCAAAGUCUGAAUCAGCUCCUGAUCGUGAUAAACAAAUUGCAGUCUUCUACGUUGUGAUCACCCCUCUGCUCAACUCCAUCAUUUAUACCCUGCGGAACAAGGAGAUUCAUAGGGCAGUAGCCAAGGUGUUGUAA